CUCAAAUUGACGACGGUUUGAGGAGUGAACCGUAGAAAACUGAAAAUGCUAUUAUUCAGUAGCUUUCCAGUUUCGACGAUUCCCAGUCAUUUGCCUAGAUUUGGGUGGUGUUACAAUUACCUCCUCCGCGCUCCCCAGUCAUUUGCUUCCAAUCCGCUACCUAUUCUUAGGAAAAAACCAAAGGCCUUCCUCUGCUCGGCCUCCAUAUCAGCCGAACACGGCAAUACAGAACCUGAUUUUACAAUGCUGACUGCCAUCAACAGUCUAUACAACGAUAUAGUGAUCGUAGAUACUGCUGAAUCCCGGAUGCUCCUGCUUGACUCUACUCGUAUGCUCAACAAUAUUCACAGCAUUUUUAUGAAAGGACAGACAUGGACUGGUUGCUACUGGGAUGAAUUCGCUGCCUUACCAGCUAUUAUUCCAAAAGGUCCGAUUGCAAUUUUUGGCUUGGCCGGUGGAACAGCUGCACAUUUGAUGCUUACCUUGUGGCCUUCACUGCAGCUUCAUGGAUGGGAGAUUGAUGAAAUUUUGAUUGAUAAAGCAAGAGAACAUCUUGGGUUGUCUGAUCUUGAGAAGCAUACUGAAGGUGGUGGCAUUCUUCAUGUCCAUAUUGGUGAUGCACUUUCUACGUCAAGCAGUGUUUCUGGAGGAUAUGCUGGUAUUGUUAUUGACUUGUUUUCUGGCGGAGAGGUUUUGCCCCAGUUGCAAGAGGUACAAACCUGGUUGGAACUUAAUGAUAAGUUGAUGCCAAAUGGUCGUCUCAUGGUAAAUUGCGGUCGCAGAAACGAUACUAUCGUUAAUGGAUCAAUUGGCAACGAAAAUGAUAACAUCUGGGAGAAAAAUUCAACCCUAGAUGUAUUGUGCAAAGCAUUUCCUGGGCAAGUAAAUUGGAAAAAGAUGGCGAAAAGUGAAGGUGAUAAUUAUCUUGCACUCACGGGACCUUUGCCAGAUUUCACUAUGUGGGCUGCUGCUCUACCUCAUCGAUUCAGCUCAACCAUUAAGCAAUGGACCUCUUGUUUCCCUUCAUAAUUUGUUGGAACAAUCGAGCUCAUAAUAUUAAUUCGUUUAUGUUUGGGUCAAUUUUUGUAACAACAUUUAGUUUAGUCCCCAUAAAUAGGGCUAGACUAAAUUACAUUUUUCGUCCUGGGUUACAUAAAUAUGAGAUUAUUGUUUUUAUUAAUCCUGGCUUAUUAUAUUCAGAUCAUAUUUUGUAGA